GUAAUGCACGGUGGAGAACACACGCCUCCGGAGCGUGGACCAAUGGCUCCGGGAGAACGGCGAGCCCACCGCGUUCAUCCGCGGUAUUUAAAGCGCGGCAUGACGUGCGGUACGCGAUGAGACUACACUCGCCCGUUCUCGGAGAAUCAUCGCCGAAAGUCUUCCACACGUUUAUCCUUCUCGGAUCCCUCCCGGAGAAGUCAUCCUGAUGACUACCUACACUGAUAAAGGGUCGAAGCCAGUCGGGGGGAAGUUCCUCAGCUUCGACCAUGUGAAGUUCUGGGUCGGAAAUGCAAAGCAGACCGCCAGUUUCUAUCGAUGCCGAAUGGGCUUCGAACCCUUGGGAUAUCGUGGCCUGGAAACCGGCUCCAGACAAACAGCCGCGCACGUUGUCAAGCAGAACAAAAUCAUAUUUGUAUUCGAGUCGCCCUACGAACCCGACGAUGAAGUGAUGUCGAGACAUCUCGCCAGACACGGGGACGGAGUGCGAGAUGUGGCGUUCAGCGUCGAAGAUAUCGACACCAUAGUGAAGGUUGCCAAGAAAAAGGGCGCCAAGAUAGUGCGCGACAUAUGGGAAGAGAGCGACGAGUACGGCACUGUGAGGAUGGCCACCGUGAAAACUUACGGAGACACGCUUCACACGCUCAUCGACCGAACGAAAUACAAAGGCUUCUUUCUCCCAGGCUUCGUGAGGACGCCGGAAGACUGUCUUCUGAAACAAUUACCGCGGACGAAUCUAAAUUUCGUAGACCAUGUGGUGGGUAAUCAGCCCGACAAGCAGAUGGAACCUGUCGCUAAAUGGUACGAGGAGUGCUUGCAAUUCCAUCGAUUCUGGUCGGUGGACGACACGCAGCUGCACACGCAGUACUCGGCACUGCGGUCCAUUGUGAUGACGAAUUGGGAGGAAACAGUGAAGAUGCCGAUCAACGAGCCCGCGCCGGGCAAGAAGCGCUCGCAGAUCCAAGAGUACGUCGAGUACUACGGCGGCGCCGGCGUGCAACACAUCGCCCUCAAUACCAGCGAUAUUAUUACAGCGAUAACGCAUCUGCGCGCACGAGGAAUGGAUUUUCUCGAAGUGCCGGACAGUUACUACGAUAUGCUGAGAAACCGCCUGCAGCUCAGCGGCACGAAGAUCGUGGAGGAUUUGGAUAUACUGCAGAAACUGAAGAUACUGAUAGAUUACGACGAGAACGGCUAUCUCCUGCAAAUCUUCACGAAAAACAUGCAGGACCGGCCGACGCUGUUCCUCGAAGUCAUACAGAGGCGCAAUCAUAAUGGUUUCGGUGCCGGAAACUUCCAAGCGUUGUUCGAAGCGAUCGAAAUGGAGCAGGCGAAACGCGGAAAUUUGUAAAACACACCGAUAUAUACUCGUUGAACUAACAAAUGCGAUCGAUCAGCGCGAAGCCGAUUUUACACGAUAGCGCCACGUGCGUUGCUCGAUUUCAUUCAUUGGUCGUUCCGUGUGUGUAUAAAUUCCUCGUUCGGAUGGACGAAUUUUCUCUAACAGCCGAAUAUCGGCCCAACCUGCGCUCGCCGCAUCGUGCGGAAGCAGUUCUUAAGCCGAUCGCGGAACGUGCAAUGAACGUCGGUCACUACCAAUUAAUUCCGUAUUCUUGUAUUUAAUGGCCAACAGUCGUAUUACAAAAAUACACAGCAUUAAUGUAAAA